ACUAGUCACUACCGCAGCUGUCAGCCCGCUGACCAGUCUCGCUCUCUCGCGGCUUCCGAAUCCUAGCGCGAGUGGAUCGGCGGGCGGGUGGCGGCGAUGAUGGUGAGGGCGCGCGACGCGGCGCGGGCGCUGCUCCGCCUCGCCGGCGCCAGAGCUGGCGUCCAUAGGGACUAUUUCCCUCCGCUAGCGCGCGCCACGUUUGCUCGCGCCUUCCUGGAUUUCCGCAAGACGGGGAACAAGGAGGCCAUCGAGAAGGAUAAGGCCAGGCUUACCGAUGAACUGAGUAGAGGCUACUUCCAAGACUUUGCCGAGAUCCGCGAGAACGCUGGCAAGAUUGCGACAGCGAGUAAGGUCAUCAUCCCAGAGGUAGAUGCUGUGAAGUUUCCUGAUCUUGAUGUGGAUUCCCCUGAUGGAGGGGCACUGCAUCUGCCUCUUGUUGCACCAACUCUGCAAGCUGAUGAUGGUGAGGCUGGAGACCAUAAGAUUCCUGGUGCUUCAUUGGUGUGCCUUUCCUUCCGCGCAAGCUCGCUGAAAAUGGCAGAGUCAUGGAGUUUACCUUACCUGGAUGCUUUCGGUGCUGCCAAGAACAUGCAUGUUUAUGAGGUCUCAUUUAUAGAUUCUUGGGUAUUAUCAUUGAGUCCUAUGAGGCGAGCAUUUCUGAAGGCGAUGAGGAAAUCUAACAAUCCACGGAGACAUGUUGUGUAUGCUUUCGGGGACCAUUAUGACUUCCGGAAGAAGCUUCAAAUUAUAAACCUUCUCACUGGAUACAUAUAUCUGGUUGAUGGCCUGGGAAGAAUAAGAUGGCAAGGCUCUGGAUCUGCAACACAAGAAGAACUGUCGUCACUAACAGCGUGCACCUCCAUUUUGUUAGAUGAAAAAUGAGAUGGGGUGGCUAAUCUUUGCUAUUUUGUAACUUCUGGUACAAGAUAUUUUGCUUUUCACUAAGCAAAUCGAGUUUUUUUCCCGUGGGUAAUAAGUAUUGGAUGGUUAGUUUUUUUCAC